AUGGUAAUAGUUUUAGAAAGAAUAUGUUUCUCACCAAUACGUCUUAGUAGAAAACUUCGUGAAAGUGUAUAUAAUAAAUUAACAAAAUUUGCAGAAAUACAUCGAAAGACAACGCAAGUGGUAGAAGAGGGCCUAGAAAAUAAUUUUAAACCUAAAUCUAAUCAAUUUUCUCAACAAAAAUAUAUGGAACAAAAUGAAAACAGAGUUAGAAAAAGAAAUUAUAAUAUUGAUUUUUUGUUAAUUCAUUUGCGUGAUACAUUACAUAGUUUACGUGAUGAUGAAAUUUGGUUCCAAGAAUUAAUACGAAGAGUAAAAGACAUACUUAAAGCUGCUAUAGGUGUAGCUCCAGGAAUUCUCUCAAAGGUUUCAUCCGGAGUUCCUUGUCCUAAUAAUAUUUCGAUAUUAUCAAUGGUUACUCAAUUACGACAAAGCUUAUGUUUCAAGUAUCCAAUAGCACGUUAUUAUUUUGAUUGGAGAACCUUGUUGAUAAUUCAACAUAAUAUUGAUAAGAUAAUUAGUAAAAAAUUUGGAGAAAAGAUCAUAAUGGAAUACCUUUGGAGUUAUUUAGAAGUAGAACAGAAUGGUAAUCUAAUUAUUUUAGACUCUCAAAUAAAAUCUGAUGAAAUAUCAAAUAAAACCUUUAAGGCGUCAAGAAAUACUGGAACUUUCUUAAAUGAUCUUUCUGGAAAUGAACCUCUUGCUUUACCACAUACUUUAUGGUUCGGAAUAUUGGAUCUUGCGCAUGAUCUUGUAAAAAAAUAUAAUCAGACGGUUACGCAUGGGCUUUGCUAUUAUUUAGCAAUUAAAUCAUUUCAAGAGGCGCCUAGUAGUUUCAUUCAAUUUAAAGCAAUCGAGAUUUUGAUACACUUAUACAAUAUUAAUAAGGAUAUAUUUUCAAUUAUAGAAGGUGAUUUUGAUCAAUAUUCUCAAAAUAUAAGUGACAAUGUUUUAAUUGAUUCUUUAAAAAGGUUUCAAAGUUUAUUAAAUUUUGCUAAUGAGAAAUUCACUGAAGAUUUUAAAAUAAUAAAUUAUGAUAUUGGGAAGUUUAAUAGUUCAGAUAAAAAUGUAAAGAAAGAGCAAAUUUCUGAUUCUUGUGAAUACGAACCAACUAAUCAAAUAUGUUUUAAAAUGUCAACAUAUAUUAUCAUUGGAUAA